UGAAUAGUAAAUUUAUGUAAAAAUAAAAUAUACGAACCCGGCGCUACCUCUAGUUCAACGAUAAAGUGCACAAAUCACUUAGGAGAUCAUUUUCAAAGAGGAUAAAACUUUAGCAGUGUUUGGGUGCCUCUUUCCAUGUCAUAUGGAUCAUCGUAGUGGUCAUUUAUAGACCAUGCAUAUAUACUUUAAAAUACAUUAUUUUAUAAAUGGUUUCCUAAUUUCCUUUAACAGUUGUAUGGUAUAUGAUCGGUUCACUUUCUUUGCGUGGAUGCCUUUAAAGAAAAACAAGGUAGAGGGUGUUUCUUCUUUUACAAGUUUUAUGAAGCUUUUUAUCGUGUAAAGUUAUUUCAUCGUUACAUUCUUUGAUUCUCCUUCCCUUACAAGUACUGCAAAAACUCCUCCAAUCAUAAUUAACGUUAUUAUUAUGUUCUUCUGAUCAGUGAGAAACAUCGAUCAUGAUUUCAAAAUUUGCUUAAAUUAACCAUUUUAAUUAUUAAAAGGUAUUUUUUGUUUUUGCUUAAAAUUACAGAGAACAAUGUAGAGAAUUUCAAAGAUCUAACCAUUUUUAAAAAUAAUUAAUUAAAGAACAUUAAAUCUAGCUUUCAUUUCGUUUAUUACUAGAUUAACUAGUUACUAAAGAACAUGUCUAGAUUUUACACAUUUAUUGAUUAAAAAAACGUACACAGUGACUUGUGAUUACGUCGACAUAUAAUCUACAGUUCUUUUACUAAAGCAUGUUAUUACAUCAAUAAUUACUUUCGAAAUAAAUACGAAUAUGAUCAUUUCACAAACUAUCUCUUUAAUCCCAUCAAUGGCUUCAUCUACAAAUAACCAAUUGAUAUUAGUGCUAUUCUCAUUCUUACUUAUCCUCAAAACAUCAUCAUCUUUCGGAAACCACUCGUCCACCGAUGGGAUUUUACCAUUCGCACCUAAACAUGUCGUAGUUGUUAACAAAUUGACCUCACAAGCAAAGUUGAUCGCGCAUUGCACAAAUAAAAAAAAAGAUCUGGGGGUAAAAGAGCUAUUACCUGGAUCUAGCUUUGAUUUUAGGUUUCGUGUCAAUCUCCGUAAAACGACGAGAUACAUUUGCACUUUCGAGUGGCCCGGAAAUAAGGUAACAUUUGAUAUUUUCAGGGUAGAUAGAGAUGAUACUCCAAAAAGUGAAUUUGGAGUUUGUAGAGAAUGUAUUUGGUACAUUUAUGAACCAGCCCCUUGUCGUCUUGACCGCGAUGCAGGCAUUCCUUAUUGCUUUGAUUGGAAUUCUUAGGCCAUUCGUAUUAAGGAUUCUCAAGAAGAAUCUUUUAUUAGAAAUAAUAAUAUUUUAAUAAAAAGGUUUUUAAAGAGUUUGAGAGAUUAAUGAUAAAAUCUCUCAUAAUGUGAGUGCCUUUGAUUUCUGAAAAAAAAUACCGUAUCUUUUUCUCAUUUUCUUGUGGUUUAUAAUAGCAACAAAAAAAAUGGCAACAAAAUAAGCAUAAAGUGGCUAUUAUUAGUGAUGCAUAUUAUAUACUAGCUUGUACAGUAAAACCUCUAUAAAUUAAUAAUUUUGGGACUUUAAAAUUUUAUUAAUUUAUACAGAUAUUAAUUUACAAGAGUUUCUUUAUUUAGAUUUAUUAUUUUAACAUAUAUUUAUUUUUAGAU